UUCUCCUCACUUAUUCGAAAAGGUAGUAUUGUUAGAAAAGACGUAGAAAUUUCAACAAACGCAGAAAAAAAAGCAGAACCAAACAGCAAAAGUAAACUCUGGGAUGGAGGGUGCAAGUCAUAUCGGCGAUGAUAUGUUGGCGGAGAUCCUCGCGAAGCUGCCGUUGAAGCCGCUGUUCCGGUUCAAAUGCGUGUCCAAGUCGUGGCGCGGCCUCAUCUCCGAAAACCACCUCCGGCGGCGGCUCCCCCUCCUCACCUCUGGGGUGUUCUACUGCUCCGGCCCCGGCCCCCACAACGGGCCGAGGUACGCAUUUGCUUCCGAUGACGGAGGGCUUGAGGAGUGCGACCUCGAUUUCUUCCCUUUCCUUCGCAGUUCGACAUUGGUCGACAGCUGCAACGGCCUCCUCCUCUUCUACGCGGCCCACCCGGCGGCGUUCUACGUCGCGAAUCCGAUCACGAGGCGGUGGAGGGCCCUCCCCCGGCCCCAGGGCAGGACCCGGCUCUCGAUCCUCGCCUUCGACCCCUCCGCGUCUCCGGACUACAAGGUCAUAUGCUUCACCGGGUGGCGGCCCCGCGGCGCGGACAUCGAGACGUUCUCCUCGGAGACCGGGGAGUGGGCCCCCGGCGAGCUGAAUUGGCCGGGGGUCGAGACCGACGCGAUGUUGGCCACCAUGCACUGCUUCGGCGGCGCGCUCUACAUUCUCGCGCAUUCGGGCUGCGUCAUCCCCGUCGACCUCGCCACGAUGGAGUGCCGCGCCGCAAUCGGCCUCCCCGAGCCGAUGAGCCCCGACGGGCGCCUCGGCAACCGCGGCGGGAGCUUGUACUACUCGCACACCAGUGAUCAUGACCAUGAGCUCAAAAUUUGGACGUUGGGGCAAAAUUGCACCUGGGUGAUGAGGUGCAGUGUGAGUGUGAGUGAGCUUGGGUUAGGGUUAGACUCGGACCGGGCCCAAGUGUUGGCUUUUGACCCGGAGAGGGGGGUGGUGUACAUGUGGGUGGGUGGGAAAUUGGUGGGGUUUGAUUAUGAGAGGAGGGGGGUUUUCAAAGAGUGGGAGUUUGAAAAAGAGAGGGAAAGGGAGAGGCCUCAUCUCAUUCAAAUUUGGGUGUUCCCUUUCUCAAACUACCUCUCAAAUUGCUUAAGUUGAUGGGGAUUGGAGAGUUGGAAAUGAAAAUGAUAUCAUGUUUAUCUACUGUGAAUGGAAUUUUUUUUUAAUCAACUAUA